AUGUCAGUACACUCCCUAGACCUGGCAACCCUGGCCCGAGCAGAGGGCUUCACCACCAGCACCACCACGCCUCCACCAUGUAAACAAAUGGCAACACUCCCUCAACACUUGCAACACGGAUAUAAGCAACACAACCAAGAGAUGGAGGAAGCCACCUGUGAAAGGAUAAUCAAAAAGCUAGACUCUCUCAUCAGGCAGGACCCUUUAAUGGAUGAGUUUGACAUUGUGUUCUCUCCGGGUGAGGUGAAUCGGUCCCCUGUAGUGAGUGUGGAGCACAAGCUUGGCCUUGAAUCAUGGUGCUUGAAGCAUGUGUACGCCCAUGGUCAUGCCAACAUCCUCAAGACUCGCCACUCUAAAAAGAUCCAAGACCCUGCUCCAAUGCUGCGGUGGACACAGUUCUGUCUUCUAGUCGCUCCAGAAGUCGCCACAUUUUGGAACAUACGGAAGCAACUACUACAGCAUGGCAGUUUGUUAGUAGAUGCUGAUCUCCAUCUCACUCGCCUUGUGUUAUCUCGAAAGCCAAAGUGUAUGGAAGUAUUUCAGCACCGCAAGUGGCUUUUCCAUCACAUUUUAGCUCCUUGUCCACCUCUGUCAUCCCCGUCUUGUGCUAGUGACCACCACAAUGGCAGUGGGCCUGAUGAGGAGCCAAACCGCAGGUUCUUACUUGGGGAGCUGGAAAUAUGUAGGUGGACAGCUGACAAACACCAGAAUAACUAUCAUGCCUGGAACCACAGGUUAUGGGUACUGCAGCAGCUAGCUGAGCGACCUCCUGGCCUGGCUGAAGUGUGUUGUGCUGAGUAUGAGGCAUGUCACCGCUGGGUGAGGACACAUGUCAGCGAGCAUAGCGGUCUCCACUACAUGCAGCAACUCUUGGCUACCCUGGUCACCUUGGUGGCUGAGGGAGUUCUUCCUACCUUGGCUGAAGCUGUGCCAUCAGCUACAUCGCCUAAAGACUUAUACUGUACUGAGCUAGAGUUCAAUCGCAGCUUGAUAGAGCAGUAUCCAGGUCAUGAGGCACUGUUCUGCCAUCGGAGAGUGCUGCUACAGCAGCUACAGGAUAUCCUGCUGCAUGCUGCACCAGUGCAUCGCACAGCUUCUCCACCACCUCCAGCCCUCAAACGUUCAUGUGUAGAGACAGUGAAUGGUGAAUGGAGCACUGCUCUGCUCAGUGAGAGGGACCUGGUGAACAAAUGUCUACAAACUGAUUCGUACCAGAAAACCCUUGGGGAGCGACACGCUCACUGGCUCAGCAAUGUGCUGGCUGUCUAG